AAGUCCAAGCACUGUGAUAGGAGAGGUGAACCUGCGUGUGGAACAGGGAAGACCCCAGCCUCCAACUUUUCAUUAUAAAAAAAUACUUAAGAGUUUAAGAGAUGCCUGUCAACUCUCCCAAUGAGCCCCCGCUGUCGGAUUUAUCGAUGUAAAUCAUUUGUUUGACACUGUAUUCGCUGGGUUUGAGUCGUUUUCAGGUGAGCCAUGAGCGCGGUUCUUCGGGGAGGAUUACGGGAGUGACGGAGGCGACAUGCCCCGUUGGGACAUGCCUGUGACCGGGGAGGCUUAUGGAAUAUAGUGCGUCGCGUCCUAGCCCGUCUUGCCGCUUCCCCGGCGCCGUCAAAAAGAAGACGCUCCUUCUCAGCAUCAUGCUCUUUAUCUGGAUCUUUCUGGUCUACUCCUGUGUGGGUCCCUGCUCCACGGGAGUGGUGCUCGACUCACCCCGGGACCGAUACCGAGAACGGGACAGGGCUCCGUCGGCGCUGGUCGAGAGAACCGAGCGCUCCGACCUGCUCUCCAGGCUGCGAUGGGAGGACAUGGACUACUACGAGGAGCCGGCGGCCGCCCACGGAGCCGCGUCCCGGGACUUGCUGCUCAGCGACGAGUCUGAGUCCCGGGCACCGGAGCUCCGGGCAUCGGAGCCCAGCGCCUUGUCGAGUUUCUCCAACGGCGCCGGGAGCAAGAAGCUGCCGCAGGCUAUCAUCAUCGGAGUGAAAAAGGGAGGCACCCGGGCGCUGCUUGAGUUCUUACGGGUGCACCCCGACAUCAGAGCCGUUGGGGCAGAGCCGCACUUCUUCGACCGCAACUACGACAACGGCUUGGAGUGGUACAGGGAUCUGAUGCCAAAGACCUUGGAAGGCCAGAUCACCAUGGAGAAGACCCCCAGCUACUUCGUGACCAAAGAAGCGCCCGCCCGCAUCUCGGCCAUGUCGCGGGAUACCAAGCUGAUCGUGGUGGUGCGGGACCCUGUCACCCGGGCCAUUUCAGACUACACGCAGACGUUAUCUAAGAAGCCUGACAUUCCGUCCUUUGAGAGUCUCACCUUCAAGAACAUGACGACGGGUCUCAUCGACACGUCAUGGAGUGCCAUCCAGAUUGGCAUCUACGCCAAGCACCUGGACAACUGGUUGCAGUACUUCCCCAUGGAGCAGAUCCUGUUCGUGAGUGGCGAGCGGCUAAUCAGCGACCCGGCCGGUGAGCUGGGCCGUGUGCAGGACUUCCUGGGCCUCAAGCGAAUCAUCACUGAUAAACACUUCUACUUCAACCAGACCAAGGGGUUCCCGUGCCUUAAGAAGGCCGAGGGCAGCAGCAAGCCCCACUGUCUGGGCAAAACCAAAGGGCGCACCCACCCUGACAUUCGUCCCGAAGUGGUGCGCCGCCUCAGAGACUUCUACCGGCCGUUUAACAUGAAGUUCUACCAGAUGACGGCACACAACUUUGGCUGGGAUUGAUGGGAGGGAGUGAAAAAGACUUCAUCUGUAUUUUUUAUUAUUAUUAUUACUAUUAUUAUUGUUGUUGUUGUUGUCAAAUCACAGAUAAUUGAAAGGCAAAAUGUGGAGAUAUUGCUAUAUAUAUGUAAAAUGUACAGAAAUCUAUUUUAUAAUAAUUUAUUUUUAUUUCUAAGCAAUUAAUUCACUAAGCUGCCUAACCAUAUUUGUUCAUAAUAUCCGGCUCACAUGUUUGUUUGUUUUUUGUUAUUAAACGAACAUUCCUUGUGUCUGUUUGGCAAGCGUUUAGCUAACCAGGAAUAUUGUUGGAUUUAACACAGAGCUCCGAGUAAAAAGCACCAGAUUAGGGAUUCGUUGUGCUCACGUUCCUUCAAUAUUAGAAUCACUAAGAAAGUUAUCAUUACCAUGGUUACUGUUGUUAGUACCGCUACUAGCAUUGAUAUUCCCAGUGGCACAAGUUUUAUUAGUACUGUUACUAAGGAUGUCCCGAUCACAUAAUUUUGCACCUGUCUGAAUCUGAGUCACCCAAUUAUGAGAUUUUCUUUUUUUGAGAGUCCCGAUCCGAUACCGAAAAAUAAUAUGUAUUGUUUUUGUUUUUGUUUUUGGAACAAAAGUUCCAAACAUGUCACAGUACUGUACGUUUUACAGUACUUCCUUUUCCACUGUUUCCCGGAGUGUUGCAGAGUAUAAAACAUAUAUAUUUUUGUAACUUUUGUCAAUGCCAUUGUGUUUCUGGAUUAUUCUGUUGCUUUUUAGCCCUUAAAAUGUAUAAUAAAUUCAUAAAUUAGGCCCAAAUGAUAUUAGAAGAAAUUAAUAUAGCGAUACACGGUAUAUUGCCAAAGCUACACACAUACUUUUUUCUUCAGGUGCACCAACACAAAAUGCUUGUCUUUAUUAAAUGCUUCAUUGAGUGAGUCCACUCAAAUUCACUCACGCUUUGACGCUCACGCUGCCGAGGACAGCCUCUCACUUGAAUGAGUUGCGACAAACUGGUUUGUAACAAACUGAACGAUGAUUGACGCAUUUGUGCCUUUGAUGGUAGACCUACCCAGCCUUCUCUCGCUAGAUCAAAGCUACAAAGUUGUUAAUCAUCAAAUUAUCGUUAACUGUAAUGACCAGGAAAAAAAACAGUUUGGUUGCACUGCUUAGCUCGCAGGAGGGAUGUGAGGCGGCAUGAGCAUGAAGCAGAAAAACAAAUAUAUUAUUUAAAUUAAAAACCCGAUCCCUUUCACGGGAUUCAGAUCUUCUGAAAAAUGGCGCGCUUGCCCGAUUUCUGAUCAUAUGAUCGGAUCGGGACAUCCCUAACUGUUACUAUUGUUACAGUUGCUAGUAUUGCAACCAAGGGCGUUGGUUUGGUCUCAACAAUGGUAGGGAUGGUAUAACAGCAUAACCUACAUGUCCACUUUUUGCUGGGGACGGGACAUUAAUAAGACCAAACAGAUUGGGGGUCAGGGCUACAUUUCUCAUGAAUAUGAACCUAAUUAAUUGAUAGGCUAAAUUAUCAAUGCAAAAUAAAUCUAUUUUGACUUUCAUGUUUAUUGGUUCGGGUGAUAAACCAAUCAGUUCAGAUCUUAGUUUUCAAAAACUACUAAAGAAACAUUUUGAAAACUUCCAGAAUAAAUGUAUGGAUUUUAUUAGCAAAUUUAAAUUACAAUAUUUGAACAUAAAUUAUAUCAACAUACACUUGUUAAUUAUCUCUAAACUAUCCAGGAAUGCAAAACAUAAACAUUUGUCUUAAGACCACUCAACAUUGUCUGUCUAAAUAAAGAAAUUAAAUAUAAUUGAAAAAAACUUCCUAGAGAUCAACAAAAAUAAAAGAUUAGUGAGUCUAAUUUACAUUAACAGUAGGAAACACAUACAGGAGGACAAGUCUCUCCAAGCAGCGUCCUACUUGAGUAUUGCAGGUUAGCAAGUUCACACAGUUUAAUGUUAUGCUAAAUCUGUGGUCGGACUUUUAGUAGCAAAAUUAGGAGUGUGUUCCCCACCUCCACAACAUUGCUGUCUUUUUACAUUACUUACAGUGGCUGCUGGUACUGCUGGUCGAAAAAAUUCGAAGGGGACGGAGGAGGUGGCAUGUUGUAUUUUUGUGAGGGCAGUGUGUUGGGGUGUGGGGGGUGUCAAGUCAUCAGCCAAUCAAACGUGCGUUUUCGGGAAAAAAAUGGACUGGCAUAUUCAGCAAGUCAAAAGAUGUGAAUGUAAGUCUGAACAUAAUGAAAAUAACUGAAUUACGGUAGGGUCAAUUCUAUCCUUAAAACAUUUGGCAAGACAUUAUAAAUUACCUAUAUAACUAAAGUCAUUAUAUCAUGCAAAUAAGCUUGCUUAAAAAUUAGUGGAGACAAUUUGAGCAUUGUGAAAUGUUUGUCAUGUUCUGUCCUAUGCAAACCUACGCCCUUGAUUGCAACUAACACUAGUACAGCUUCUAUUUUCGCUGGCAUUGCGCAAUACCCAUUAAUAUCACAUCUAAUGAUUGUAUCACUUGUAACUCUACUAACAAUAGUAUCACUGAUAACACUAUUGUUGUUGCUAGUACUGUGACUAUCACAUGUUCCUUCAUGACAGCUAGCAGCUAACACUAACUUCUUGAAUAGCAGCACUCAGAUCAAUUGGACUAUUUGCUCCUCAACGUGCACUGAAUCCAACAUUUGCAUUUUCAGGACUUUUCCAACCCUCCUACGCUCAUAAAAGAGUUGUCCAUCAAAUGUUUUUGACGUUAUGCAAAUGGUGUAUCGCUAAAAGGCAAAUUUAUCUCAAUCCGUCCCACCCUUUUUUUUUUUUUUUUUUUAACGAUGGCCGAGUGCAGUCAGUGAAAAUUGGAUAGAGCAUCGUGGAGGCUAAGCUAAACUUUAGCAUCCAACUAUGCAAUAUGCCUUUAAAAAAAAAAACUUAUGUAUCUCACCAGUCAUGACUUCUAUUCAACUUUAUCCAACCCCCAAAACAAAAAUCACAUUUACAGUACAAAUGCUCAUCCUAACGCCUUAUUUUCUGCUUGUUUUGUUCCUACUUGAAUUGUUAAUAUGCAAGAAGGGAGAUUGAGCUAGGUUGUUUGUGCUCUUUGUUUGAUCGUACAUGAGCAGACAUCACGUAUAAGAACGUGAGGCCUGAUUGUAGCAAAAACGCUCUGAUUUUGUGCCUCUUAAAAUUCCUCUUCCUUUGGUUACUAUCCGUUUAGUUGUUUCUUUUUUUUUUAAGUUCAAGUUCACAUUUUGUUUCCUUGAUGCAAUGUUUAAAGAGGCAUUUACAGUUGUCAUGCUCUGUGUUGAAAGACUUUGGAGAUUCUUGAAGGGGAAGGUCCGACUGGGACCGCCGCAAUCAUGCGAAACAUGAGAUUAAAAAGUGACCGUGCGCUCGAAGCUGAAUUGUUUUUAUAUGGUUGAGUUUUAUUCAACCUAUCUUGUCUUACUACAUUGACAUGUGUGACACAGUGACUCUAAAGACUUAUCUUUAUUGGUGUGUGAAUUUUACUCACCAUGCAAAGAGCAAAAUUCAAUGGCUGUUUCUAGACAAUUACUAAACAUUCAUAAUAUUUCUUUGUAUGAAGAAAUAAAUAAGUAUAUA